CUCAGCCACCACCACGGCAGUCGGCACCCAACACACAACCCGCCCUGAAGCCACACAGCCCAACAUCCAAAGGAAGACCACGAACGAUUUCCAAGGGAGAAAAAGCCAUCGAUCACUGCUGAAUACAGGACGAGCAUCAUCAGGAUGGGUCGACUGGCCGAACUACAACGCAAGAACUUGGAGCAUCUCAUGGGCGCGGAAGCCAUGGGGAUAAUCCAAGUCGACUUGAAGUUCACCGACCCGAAAGUCUGCCGAAGCUACCUUUGUGGAGCAUGUCCUCACGACCUAUUUACAAACACCAAAAUGGACUUGGGCGCCUGUGCGAAGACCCAUUCUCAAAAAUUGAAAGGCGAGUACGAAGCAGCCUUGAAACGCAGUCAAAGCGACAAUCCAGAGGAAAGUACCGAGAUCGUUUCUCCUCACGAACUUCAAUCGAUGAGAAGAGAAUACGAAAAUAACAUCCUUGGCUUCGUCGAAGAAUGCGAUAGGCGUAUUAGGGCGGCCCAAAAGCGUCUAGAGAAAACACCGGAAGAAAACAAUCGAACCACCGCCCUGAUGCGUGAGAUUGGAGAAAUUCAAACAGCGUACGAAGGGGCCAUGGCCGAAGUUGAAAAUCUAGGGGAAUCCGGUCAAGUUGAUCAAUCCAUGGCCGAGUUGGCCAAAGCUGAAGCUCUUAAAGCUGAAAAGCUGGAGAAAGAACGAGAACUGCAACAGUUAACUGAAACUUCUGGAGCGUCUGGUCAUCAGAAGCUGCGUGUCUGCGACAUUUGUGGAGCUUACCUUUCGAUACUAGACAGUGAUCGACGUCUAGCCGAUCAUUUCGGUGGUAAAAUGCACUUGGGAUAUCUACAACUUCGACAAACAAUCGAAGAGUGGCGCACUCGACCACACGGGCUCAACGCACCAUCACUCCUCAACAACAAUCCCGGUCUGACUGCCGGUCUUCAAGCUGCCCACUUUGGUCAACAACGAGCUCAAGCGGCUGCUGCACAGAAUCCGUCUACUUCACAGAACGGAUGGGGUAGUCGAGGAGACAAGGGUCGAGACCACGAGGGACGCAUGUCGCCGCCAGCUGGUACGAGUGCUGGAGACAGAGAUAGAGACAGGGAUAGGGACAGAGAUAGGGAACGGGAACGAGACAGGGAUCGGGAUCGUGACCGUGACCGCCACUCUCGAGAUGACAGAGACAGGAGGGGUGGUCGGGAUGAUCACCGAGGUUAUCGAGAUAAGGACUACGAUGAUCGCCGUGGAAGUCGAAGAGAACCAGACGACUACGACAAGAGGAAACAUGAUGAUGACAGGCCAGCCAAGGACGAUCGAGAUAAGCGGAGAAGAUACGACUGAGAUAGCUGCCUGGUUUACAUUUCCUAUUUUUCUUGCAUCUUUUCACAAUGAGCAGAGUAACGCUAUCCCGUCUUAUAGAAAGUGCCUCAUUACUCUUUGUAUUUGCCACUCUUGUGAGAUUUCGCCGGGUUUUUGGGACGAAAGGCCGCGUACUUCAAACAGAUUUCUUCCUGUUUUCUUUUCUUUUCUUUCUUUCUGUGCUUUGUAGUUAACCUUGCUCAGUGUAUGUUAUCUUCGCUCGGUCCACCACAAAGGUGCAGCUAAGGAAAUGCCAACCAAAUCAGCUUGAAAUUGCCUUCAGUUACUUCUGGGCUACAAUCACAU